UUCGUGUCUAUCUUAGACUCGGGAACUCUCACUGGAGGAUACAACCCGGUAGAUGUGCUCUCUCCGCACAGUAGGACUGUGACAGAUUCGAGCCACCAGCAUCCACAGUCUAACGGUCGCUCUGCCACUGUCUACAAGAACACCUGCAAGCGCCCUCCACCCGAAAGGUCUUUUUCCGAUUUCCCAACGUUGUUCUGACACCGUGCGCGUGCCAUGCUUGAGACAUCCGCCCGGAUACACUGCUAGACUGCCAGACAACCGUUUGUUUGAGUGCGCAAACCGUGAUUAUGCAGGCCAUGACACCCAUUACCCCGUUAGAAUCGGGCGUAGAGAUGUUCGAGAGGGCUUUAAGAGGGAAGAGCAGAGACUCACUCUUCUCCUCACACCUUACAGUGCGGUCCUCGCUCGAGCGACCAGUCUCAGGGAUAAGCGUCGCAUAUACCGAUAUUGAGGAUGAUUCCAGCGACUUCGAGGAAUACAGUGGCUCAUCGAGCGACAACAGACGCAGCCAAACUACCAUCUCAACCUUUGAAGAAGUACGAACACCAGCAGACGAUGUUAGACCGCAGUAUGCUCAGUGGUAUUUACCAAAGGCUGUCGAAGGACCUCGAGGCCCGCAUCUCUUCCGCGCCUCGGUAUCCUCAAAUGACUUCGACUACGCUCUGCAGAUGUCGCCUCUCCUUCCUAAGGAUAUGCCCUCCCGUUUCUUGUCGUCGACCAGAGAACCCACACCGGCUACCAUUGUUCCGCAACAUGAGUACAACAACAUUGCGUCUGCGGUCGCGCAUCUGGACAACGCCGAGGUGCGCGCCUGGAGCUCGCGCGAUGUUGCGACAUGGAUGUAUCAGAAUGGAUUUGAGGACGAUGUGAUCGACAAGUUCGUUACUCACGAUAUCACUGGCGCAGUGUUGUUGGACUUGCAGUUUGACGAUCUGAAAGAGCUGGAGAUUCAGUCGUUCGGCAAGAGGCAUCAGCUGUGGCACCAGAUCGACUCCCUGCGCACAGCAGAUGGCUUGGCUUCUCCCAUUGCUCCUGCGCCCAUCCCCACCCCAUUCGAGGACAUUGAGCGCCCGUGUACCGAGGCGAGGGAGAGAUCGAAGAGCAAGGGCCGUGGUGGACGACGCCGACGCAAUUUUGGAGACGACUUGAUCACACCUGCCGAGUCCGUAUCGAUCGUGGCCAUUGAGCAACUACUACCCAAGCCCCACGUGUGUGCGAAGGGAGAGCGAUGCGCGAAGUGGAAGAAGCAACAACGCCAGCUAGCCAGGCUUCAAGAAGAGCACGGGUUCCCCAUCUCUCCGGAAAAGGGUGGCAAGAUAUUCAUCGCUGGAGAUCCAGGCAAUGCCCACACCGCACAGCGCGCUGUCGAGAACGUACAUCGUCCAAUCUCCGACGCAGCACCAUCAGUAAUCGUCCCUUCCGUGGUGGCAUCCUCUGAUAUUCUUGGCCCCGGUCAGCUGCCAGAGUUCAGCUUGCAAGACCUCCAGAAGCUGGAGCAGCGCGAUCCCCAGGACCAUGUGCGACACUUCCUAUCACUCCAGGGUAUGGAUCACCCCUUUGCGACUGCCACACCGAUUGAGGCCCCGCCAACGCCGCCGCUGGACAUGUUCCCUCCCCGCCCGCAGCUUGUAAUACCGCAAACUCAGCACUACCCACAAAUCUCGGCUUUUUCAGCAUCCACGUCUGCUCACACGAUGAGAUUCGAUCCUGCCACCCUCCCAACCCCCGUCCUGUACUCUCCAGACACGACACCCGCCCCACAUUCAAAUCUCAGGAGUCUUCCGAAGCUCACUAUACCACGUUCCAUGUCUGCCCAGCCACAAGGUAACCCACGCCAUCCCGUACCACAAAGCUCGUACGUCGCACCAGACACCGCUUUUUCGCCCGCUUGCGAAACGGCCGUUACACCAGGCGGCAUCUACCGAUUCGGUACACCAGCCUCCAUGAUGGACGUGCCCGUAACGGCCGUCCACGUCGAGCCUGUAGCCCGUGACGCGAGCCAGUCCGUGCCACCCAACAUGCAGUACAAGAUCCAAAUCCAGAGGGCCGGAUCGCGCAGCGAGCGACGCCGCCCAUCGCUGAACAUGCCAGCGCUCAAUGAGAACCAUGUGUUCACACCCACCGGUGCCCACUCAGACGACGACACCUACCGUGGCACACAGUUCUUCGACAACAGCCCCGCUUCGUCGCCGAGCAGGGAGACUGAGCUCGCCAGCAUACAAGAGGCUGGCGACAGACUUGCACCGCUCCCAAGCAAGGGUGGCUUCGAGUACAAGGGCAUCAACCACCACGGUUGGAUGAAGAAGCGCAAGACCAAGAUGCUGCGUCACGAGUGGCAAGACCACCACUUCCGCCUCAAUGGCACAAUGCUGGCCAUGCAUCCUAACGAGCUGCCUUCUUCGUCCGCGCUGCAGACCAUCGACGUCGACGACUACGCUGUCGCAUGCUCGUCGCUCGCAUCAAACAAGCUCUCUGCAAAGCUCCGCGCGCUCAGACUGUCGUCCAGCAAGAAGGAGGAAAUCCUCGCCAACCCGUCGGCGUUCGAGUUCCAGCUCGUCCCCACCGUUGGCGAGGCCAAGAGGGUCAUGCCCCACGGUAAGGUGCAUCACUUUGCUACCAAGGGGCGUGACGAGCGCAUCGACUGGAUGCGCGAGCUGAUGCUAGCCAAAGCGCUCAAGGCGAGGAACGAGGGCUAUGAAGUCACCGUCAACGGCGCCGGCAUGUGAGCCCAAUGUGUUCGCACAUUUUCUCGUUUUGAUGUUCAGUUUGCAGCAUUUUCUUUUCUUGACAGAUCAUGACCGCUAUUAUACCCUUUCGAGUAUCUCGUUUCGUUUCCUCUCCUCUCUUUCGUUCACUAGCAUAGCAUAGCAUAGCAAAGACUUCACGGUGAAUAGACCGCAAGGUCUGCAGUUAAUGGCAUCUCGAGCAUAUUAGGUUAAUACACAAAAGCCGUCGUUACGUCGGUACAGAAUUAAGUCGAAGACGAUGGAGGAUUGGAGGAGUAGUGGGCGAUAGGUAGCAUGCAUGAAUCAACGAAGUCUUACGAAUCAA